AUGACUUCAGUCAUUUCGCAUAUUCAAUCAAGCAUCAUUUUGGUUCUACAACAUUUACAAAGAUUCGUUUUACAUGCAUAUAAUUUAAGCCUUACGCCACCUCAAAUUGGCUACAACACAGGUAAAUUAUUGAUUGAGUUACCACCCGUAGGUGACAUCACUAUUAACAACAGGUUUGCAACCGAUAUGAACAAUGUUUUAACGGUUAACUCAAGCUUAGCUCAGUAUCAUCCCAUUACGGAGACGCUGACUGGCAAUGUAAAGGAUAUACUGUUUUCGUUUGGAUUGGUGUUGGUGUUGGUGUCAGCAUUGCUUUUGUUUACUUUCAAGCUGAUAUUUUGGAAAUGGAGUCGACAAGGAGAUUGGAUUGAAGUCAAAAUAGAGCUGCCUGUAGGAGACUCACGAGGAAAGGAGAUUGGUAAUGAAUUUGAAAUGAUACAGCCAUCUACAUUUAAUGAAAUUGUGGGGCAAACUCUUGGCGGUGUUGAUAAAAUAUUAUCCCCACAACUAACUACAAUAACGGGAACUAAUAGUAGUGAUGAUGACAAAGCUCCUAAUGAAAAAAGUGAAGGCAAAAUAGUCCCAUAUCAACCACCAGCUGCACACAACCCAAUAGCGUGGAAGACUCUAGGAAAUAUUUCAUUAAUCAGAGAAGUUCCACAAAACAUAUCUCAAGUAUUUCGUGAUCAAGCGCCAACUUGGCAUAAUCCAACUUGUACUAUGAUGAUGGCAAAUGAGUCUGUAAUUACAUUAACAGAUGCAACAUCUAGUCAAGGAAUAAGUAAUACUCGAAACGACAGUCUCAAUAAACAUAGCAUUCUUAAUGAAGGAGAAGAGGAAGAAUUAUCACAUCAUUAUGAUAUGAACAUUGACCAUACACAGAGGAAUAUACUAUUAAGGAGUGCCGAAAGUAGUAGCUCAAGUCGACCUAGCUUGUUGCAAAAUGAGAUAAUGGAUGAAUUUACAACAAAAACUGAUACCCAACUAAAAAAGGUGCUUCUAUCUCAAUCUCGCGAGUUUGGCUGCCAAUUGCAGUUUGAUGAACUGGGUGGAUCCAAUUCUACAAACGCAGCAACCGACCAAUACAUAACAGCAAGAACAACAAAACCAGACUCACCACUGGAUAUCAAAUCAUCCAGUUCACCAUUAGAAGAAAUCAGAGAACCUAUCACCCCUGAAUUUGAAUUGGAGCUACCACUAACAAACGGCUUAAAGAAUGUCAAUAGUGAUGGCAUCGAUAUCUCUGGUUUCAACCACAAUCACUAUUUUGUGACAUACAACACUCUGCUGCUGUGUCACCGGUACACUCCAUCUCAAUUAUGGGAUUCACGACCUUUACUAAUGAACUCAGCAUCGUCUUCAUUGAGCUCAUCAUUUGUGUCACGACCUAGUUUUUCUAGAAAAUCUUCUUUCAAUAGUGGGACCAGAGUCAAGAGUUUUAAUUUUGAGUUUGAUAUUGGUGGCUAUACUCCAUCUGCUAGAUUGGUCAACUUGGGUCGUCUGUUGCUGCUGAACUCAGGUGUGGAAGAAGAACAAGAAGUAGAAGAGGCCGGCUGGUGCAAUAACGUCGAUCAAGAAGAGGAGGGGAGGGAAAGGAAACAGAAUGUGAUGACACAAUAUACUUUGAAUGAUGUAAACGCAAAAGGGAUGCUGGGUGGUAAUCACAAGCUAGUUAAAGGAAACGAUGGACUUAUACGUGAUUUUGAACCACCAAUUUAUGCUGAAUAUUGA